CUAAUCUUCUUUAUAGCAGCAAGUGUUGUUUUUAUCAAUAUUUUUGUUUUCUAUUAUUAAAUUUUUCUACUAAAUCAUGGCUAAACAAUUAUUUGGAAAAUUAGCAAUUGUUACCGGAGCUGGCUCUGGUAUUGGACGCAGCACAUGCCGUGUGUUGAAAGAUUAUGGGGCCAAAGUCAUAGCAGCUGAUCUUAAUUUGAAAGCAGCCGAAGCGACGGCAACACAAUUGGGUGGUGAUGUUUACCCCUUGAAAAUUGAUGUAUCAUCAAAUGAUAGCGUUUGUUUAGCCGUUAAACAAACCACCACACAAUUCAAAAGUGCCCCCUCGGUGGUGGUUAAUUGCGCUGGAAUUACACGUGACGGCUAUUUACUAAAAAUGCCUGUACACGAUUAUGAUGAUGUCUAUAGUGUGAAUUUAAAGGGCACCUUUUUGGUGACCCAACAAUUUGCCAAGGCCAUGAUUGAACACAACAUUAAGGAUGGCAGCAUCGUUAAUAUUUCAAGUAUUGUGGCCAAACUGAAUAAUGUGGGCCAGGCAAAUUAUGCCGCUACCAAAGCAGGUGUCAUUUCAUUUACCGAGGUGGCUUCAAAAGAAUUUGGUAAAUUCGGCAUACGGGUGAAUGCCAUCCUGCCAGGUUACAUCAAUACACCCAUGGUGGAGGUGGUGCCCCAAAAGAUUAAAGACCAAAUUGUUGUACGUUGUCCACUGGGCCGUAUGGGCGAACCAAAUGAAAUUGCUGAAGUAAUAGCAUUUUUAGCAUCUGAUAAAUCAUCGUAUGUUAAUGGUGCUGCCAUCGAGGUAACAGGUGGCCUUAAGUGAGAGAAAUUAGUUGAAAUGUAUUGCUAAUGGCAGCGAUGAUAGUGAUGCUGCUGAUGAUGUUUAUGGUAAUACUGACAAUGGUGUGUUAAUAUUUAAUUAUGAUUAUAUUUAUUAAAGUUAUGUUAGAAAUGGCAUUUAUUAUAAUUAAUAAAAUUAAGUGUAAUUUUGUUUACUAUCAUCAGAUAA